AUGGACGUCCGACGGAUGGCCAAUGGCCUGGUUUCGAAGCACACCUCUCGCCUCGUCCGCCAACACUUCUCUCGCCCAGCAUAUACAUCACAACCGCUCUGGCAGCCGGUACGAACGAUAUCUACAUCCCAGCCACUUUGGGAUAGACCGAAAGACGCCCCGGUGGACUCCCAGCAGCAGCAAAGACUACAAAAGACACCUUCACCCAGCCAGAACAACUUCGAUGUGGACUCGAUUAGCAACCUGCUAGACGACGUAUAUGAGCGAGUAGGCUCGUCCAACCCGCCCAAUAGCUCAAACGUCACAGCUGGAUUUCGCCACCUAUUUCAAAAUGCAGACGUUGGGCGGGUGACUCGAGCUGUUCGAGACUCGGUUGCAAACAAUUCGAACGAGGGAGGACGUGCUGUUCCGAAAUACCCUGAAUUGAAACUGGGCCCGAAACUAGGCCGUACGAUUGCAGUUGACCCGUCGAGAGGCAUUGAUGCCACGACUGCUUUUUCUAUGUUGGAGGGUGUGGUUUCGAGAAAUAAGAUCAGGUCCGACCAAAUGGCUCAGAGGUUCCAUCUUCGUCGGGGCAGGAAGCGGAAGGCCACAAAGUCGAGGCUGUGGAGAGACUUAUUCAAGAGAUCGUUCAAGGUCCAGGUUGCUAGAUGCAUGGAGUUGAAGAGGCAGGGAUGGUAA